AUGGCAAGUGGUUCUUAUGAAGCUUCACGUCAAGCAAGGUUGUUUGGCCGUCAAAGGCCAUUUCAUGCCAUUCUUGGCGGAGGAAAGGUUGCUGAUAUAUUGAUGUGGAGGAAUAAGAAGCUAUCAGCUUCUAUCUUGGUUGGGUUAUCCACCAUUUGGUUUCUCCUUGAAGUGGUGGAAUUCCAUUUCAUCACUUUACUCUGUUACUUCCUCAUUUUCAAUUUGCUCUUCUUCUUCCUCUGGUAUAAUACUGCAAGAUUUAUCACUUGGAGUCCUCCAUGUAUUUAUGAAGUUGGAAUAUCAGAAUCCACCUGGAGAUACCUAUUCAAGAGAUUCAACUGGUUCAUGAAGACACUUUGUGAGAUUUCAACUGGGAAAGACCUGAAACUCUUAUUUAUGACAAUCACUGGUCUCUGGAUCUUGUCAGCUAUUGGGACUUGUUUCACAGCCCUGAAUCUGUUAUACAUCAUCUCUCUCUGCAUGAUGACCCUACCAGUUAUGUAUGAGCAGUAUGAAUGUGAAGUAACUUAUCUAGCAAGCAAAGGGAACAGAGAUUUAAACAGAUUGUUCAGGAAACUGGAUUCUAAAUUUCUCAGCAAGAUUCCUAGGUUAUCUUUACAAUAAAAGAAAUUCCAGGGAUAACUAUGAAAAAGAAUUUCUGAAAUCUGGUUGAUCUGCAAAUAAAUUGAUGUAACUAUGUA